AUGUUUGGUCGUGUCAACCAGUUGUUCAGACACCUCUCUCGCGCGCAACCCAAUUACGUCCAUCGCUCCGCUACGACAGCUGGUCGUGCGCUACGAACUCCUCCGAUGACAUCAUAUACAGAGACAGCGCUGGCGAACAGCAGGAGAACGAUUCGCACGGCAGCAUGUUUGAUAAUCGGUGAUGAAGUCCUGGGCGGCAAGACCGUCGACACCAAUUCCCCUUUUUUCGCAAAAUAUUGCUUCUCCUUGGGUAUACAUUUAAAGCGCGUGGAGGUCAUUGCAGAUGAUGAAAGUGAGAUCAUCGAAGCCGUGACGCGCAUGAGUGACAACUACGACUUCGUCGUGACGAGUGGAGGGAUCGGUCCAACCCAUGAUGACAUUACCUAUCAAUCGAUAGCAAAAGCCUUCGGACUAAAGCUAAAAUUACACGAAGAGGCUCUAGCACGGAUGCGCAGUCUGUCCAAGACAUCACAAGUGAAUCCUGAUUUCGACUGGGACAAACCCUCCCCCGUUCUCACAGCGCGACUACGCAUGGUCGAAAUUCCCACAGACGACAACAUCCCCUUAGAGGACCAGGCCCUGUUCGUCGCCGACGAUCUCUGGAUGCCCAUCUCCGUCGUGAACGGGAACAUCUUUAUCCUCCCCGGCGUUCCCAAGCUGUUCGAGCGCCUCUGUCACGCCCUCAAGCCACGGCUGCGGCUCCGCCUUCCUGACCCGGAGGGGGUUGGGAUUCACCGUCUCAUGUUCGCGACGCCGCUGUAUGAAAGUGCGGUUGCGCCGUAUCUGACAGAGCUGGCGGCCAGGGUGGAACCGCGUGGUAUUAAGGUGGGGAGUUACCCGCGAUGGGAGAAGAAGUUCAAUACGGUGACGUUGGUUGGUACGGAUCUGAAGUAUAUGGAGAGCCUUAUUCCUGAGGUGGAGGAGCAGGUGCAGGGGCGGAGGGUUAUGAAGGAGGAUGAGAUUGAUUCUCUUGAAGAUGAGGCGGAGAGCCCCAAGUAA